CCUCUCCUCUUCAAGCUCUUCAUCGUCUUCUAAAUUUCUUCUCUCUCUCUCUCUCUCUCUCUUCCCUGCUGAUAUGAAGCCUGGAUUUCGGAGCAUGAAGGAAGAAGCCCGGGCCAAAACCCGAUCUCUUUAUGAAGCAGCCAAUCCCAUAGCAUGCUCCAAAUGCAGCAGAAGGUUUCCCACGGUGAAGGGCUUGAGCGAGCAUCACUAUUCCCACAUCUGGGAAAAGACUUCCGCGGUCAAAGAUCUCGGGCAUAGCUCGAGCCAACGCCAGCAGGCACUACCUCCCACUGCUACUCCAGUCCUUCCUACACCUCGAUUCAUGGGGAAGCCGGCGCGUCAACCUGACAUAAAUCCAGAGAAAAGCAUCUGGAAGCCUCUACAUGUUGCUGGAGAAAACUAUGACGGCGACAAGGUAGCCGUUCCAGUUGGUGUCAACCUUCAAUGUAGCCAGCUAAAGGCACCGGCGGAGAGUACAGGUGUUAACACUACAGAUGAGGUUAAGCAAAUGGAGCUGGACUUGAGCCUCCAUCUGUAAUGGUCUUCAACAACUUUAUUUUGACUUCUCUUGCAUUAUGUUUGUGUUCCGACUGUCAUUUGUGUUAUGAUUUAGUAGGUGUGCGCUACUGUAUUUUCGGCAUUACUUUGGAUUAUAUGAAUUUAUUAUA